GAAAUCCCCAAAACCUAAACAGGAAAAGCAAAGAAAAAGCACAGAAAACAGAGGAGAAGAGAGAAGAUACACCAGAGGCAGAGAAAGAGAGAGUAAAAGCUUCAGAAUAGGAAGGAAGGUUCGCUCAAAAAUGACGAUGGUGAGGAACAAGGUGUUCCCUCUGCUUGUCUACUUGCAAUGUGUCUUCUUUCUCGGGCAUUUCCAUCUGGCCACGGCGGUGGAGACAGCGGAGAGGGUGGAGGCGGUGAACCCAGUGACGACGGCGCAGUACUCACCGCCGGAAGGAAACACGACGUUUCUCGACGGGACGACAUGGUGCGUGGCGUCAGCAGGGGCAUCGCAAAUCGAUCUGCAGAACGCGCUGGACUGGGCUUGCGGGCUGGGAAUGGCGGAAUGCAAGGAGAUUCAGAAAGAAGGACCUUGCUUUGAGCCUAACAAUCUUCUCUCCCACGCAUCCUUCGCAUUCAACAGCUAUUACCAACAGAAUGGCAACUCCGACAUCGCCUGCAACUUCGGCGGCACCGCCUCCCUCACCAAACACGACCCAAGUUAUGGGAAAUGCUCGUAUGCUUCAGCUGGGUCUGUUGGUUCUGGAGCGAAUGCUCUGUUGAGACGAGAACUGGGUAUAUGGUGGAAGUUUGCUGGGAUUGUGCUGCUUCUGUACUGGGGAAGCUGACCGUGAUUUGGUUUUGGAGCUAAGUUAUUGGAGUUUAUCGAAGGAGAAGGAUUAGGAACUCAGAAUGUUAUUAGAUUAAUCUGUGUCUCUUGUUUCACAGCCCUGUCUGAAUGUUUUCUGUAAAGUGAACUGGGGUGGCCAAAAGGAAUGAUUCCUAUCUUGGAGUCCAGGUUAGGAUUUGGAAUGUGUAAUCUUCUGUUUGAGAGACCAAAUCCACAAGUCGUUUUGUCUCUCCACCAGUUAACAUAUCAUACUCUAGAAAAAAGCAAAAAGUCCACCUCUGCGGUGGGACUAUUUAUUUGCUUCACAAUUCAUUUGCC